AUGACCUUCGCUUCGGUGUCUGACAGUGAACGCAAUGUAGACCAGGAGCCUAGCCCCAAAGGUGGGCCCAAGUCGAAGCAGUCACCCAAGGAGCCUCCAGCAGCCGAGUUGACUAGCAUUCAUCUCGAUGGGGAGAUAGAUGAAAACGUCAAGAUCUAUGAUACAUGUGACGACGUACGUCGGAAAAUCACGGGUCAUGUUAAAGACUCGACGCAGGCAGCCUUUGCGCGGGAGCUGUCCCAGAUGAUGCCACACACUCGCAUCAACGCAACCCACGUCGGCAGAUUCCAGAAGAUGAAAGGCCCAAGAGCGGGCGGGCAUAACCCGGUGUUCUACGCCGCUUAUGUGUACUUUGAGAAGUUGCGCAUCAAGCAGGGCAAAAAGAAGAGCGCAAAGCGCGAGCAGAUGGAGGAACACUGGGAGGAGAGAGGCGGGUUUCCAAGGGAGGGCAGCCAUAACAUCUACAUCCUGACUAAACCGGGUCAGCAUUGGACCUUUGACGCCAUGGGGAAGCCAAAGAUGGUGGGCCAGGGACGCCCAGGAGGUGGAUGGACUAGGAAACGCGUGCGAGAUCACUCGUGA